AUCACGGAGUCAGCAUUCUUCGCAUUUUCGAGUCCUGGAGCAGAUCUCAAGAACUCGAAUGAAUCUUUUAUCCAAUAUAACAGAGUCUAUACAGCAUCAUCUCCAUUGUCAGGUCAACAUGCUUGCUUGAAUGCUUGACCAGAUCUGGCAGAGAUCUCCCUGCAGUUCUUCGCUUCUUCUCCCUCGCCAUCGGCAGAGAUGCCCAUCUCCGUGGACGGCAGAGGCGGCGCCAUCGCGCUCAUGCUGGCAUCCCUCUUCCUCCUGGGCACCUGGCCGGCUCUCCUGACGCUGCUGGAGCGCAGAGGACGGCUGCCCCAGCACACCUACCUCGACUACUCCAUCACCAACCUCCUCGCCGCCGUCGUGAUCGCUAUCAAAUUUGGGCAGGCUGGAGAAACCAGCCCAGGCGAGCCAGACUUCUUCACGCAGCUCGGCCAGAUGAAGGAUAACUGGCCUUCAGUGCUGAUGGCAAUGGCUGGCGGCCUCGCUAUCGGUCUCGGAAACCUGGCCUCGCAGUACGCAUGGGCGUUUGCUGGUUUGUCAGUGACAAACAUCAUCUGCUCAAGCAUGACGGUACUUCUAGGCACAACAAUCAACUAUGUUCUUGAUGGUCGCAUAAAUCGAGCCGAUAUACUCUUCCCCGGUGUCCUGUGCUUCCUCAUAGCAGUGUUCCUUGGCGCCGCGGUCCAUUCUUCCAACGCCAAGGAUGAUGAACGGAAGCUAAGCAUGUCAGGCAGCCAUUUCUGAACAAACAAUAUGUUUUUUUCGUUCAAAAGCAUCUCCUUGGUGUCAAGAAGCUCUAAAUAUUUGCACGAAGAAUGCGAGCUCAGUAUGGCCUGCUAACGGGGGAAUUCUACCAACCCGCCCCCACCCAUGA